AUGGUGGUCUUCGCCAAGGGUGAGCUCGAGCAGAUCGCCCUGCCGGCGGCGGAGCCGCCCCCAGUCGACGUGCGGUGGGUGGACCUGUCCGCCCCGUCUGGCCCGGCGCGCGAGGCCGCGGCGCGCGCGCUGGUGGCGGCGUGCGAGGAGCACGGCUUCUUCCGGGUGAUGGGCCACGGCGUGCCGCCCGAGCUCGUACGCGCCGCGGAGGCCGCGGCGGCCAGGUUCUUCGCGCGGCCGCAGGGCGAGAAGGAGCAGGAGGCCCCCACGCUCGGGUAUGGCAGCAAGCGCAUCGGCGGCAACGGCGACCUCGGCUGGGUCGAGUACCUCCUGCUCGGCGUCACCCCCGCCGGCGCCGCCGUGCCCACCGCCUCCGCGUCCUCCUCAACAUUGCCAUGCGCCGCCGCCGCCGCGGCCACCGCCGCCGCAGGCGCCUCGUCGCCGUCCGCGCCGACCGGGCCGUUACGGGACCUUCUGGACGAGUACACGGUGGCCGUGCGGCGGAUAGCGUGCGCGGUGCUGGAGCUGAUGGCGGAGGGGCUGGGCAUCGCCGGCGCCGGCUCCGGCGACGGGGACGCACUGGCGCGGCUUGUGACGCGCGCGGACAGCGACUGCAUGCUGCGGGUGAACCACUACCCUCCGCGGCCGGCGCUGAACCCCAGCCUGACGGGGUUCGGCGAGCACACCGACCCGCAGGUCAUCUCGGUGCUCCGUGCCAACGGCACCUCCGGCCUGGAGAUCGCGCUGCGGGACGGCGCCUGGGCCUCCGUUCCGCCCGACGGCGACGCCUUCUUCGUUAACGUCGGCGACACCCUGCAGGUGUUGACGAACGGGAGGUUCAGGAGCGUGAGGCACAGGGUGGUGGUGAACAGUGAGAAGUCCCGGGUGUCCAUGGUCUUCUUCGGCGGCCCGCCGCCCGGCGAGAGGCUGGCGCCGCUGCCGCAGCUGCUGGGCGACGGCGGCCGGAGCCGGUACCGGGCCUUCACCUGGAGCGAGUUCAAGACCAGCGGGUGCAGGACCAGGCUCGCGGAAGACCGCCUGUCCCGCUUCGAGAACAAGUAG